AUUGACUGAUGCGUUUCCUUUCUAUCAUUUAAAAAGUUGAUUUCACAAAAUGAAAUACCAAAAGCAUGCAUACAAUUCAACACUAAUGCCAGCUGCAUGAUGGACAGAAUGUGACAACAAACUUUGAUAUCUCCAACUUCACUUGGUGCACACUUCAAACAGGGCCAAAACCAAUGGCUUCCUCAGGAACAGGCUGCCUGAAAUGGAAUAUUGAUGGGCCAUUGGCACUUCAUUUGUUUUGUGGUACGCUUCAUGAGUCUAGGCCAGAUGUUAUUGUUGAAUGGUUCGAAACAGCCAAGGAAACAGAAACAAAGCUUAAGAAGAGCUUUGAAGGUCUCAUUGAUGUACAACUUCCAAUUCCUAAAACAAAAAGUGUGACCCAAAGGGUAAUAAUGGCAGCAAGACUUCGAGAUCUCUUUGACAAAGUUAGCAAAGACUGUUCAACUAUUGGCUUCGAAAUAGGACAGCACAAAACUUUGGCGGCAGGCGAAUUGGUUGACAUGCUAUUGACUUCAUGGACAUGUUUAGCAACAGACGUCCAGUACAGGCGUGGAAAGUUGGACACUUUGGUUAUUUGCGCACCAAACCCCGAAAUUUUCAGCAUUGCUCAGAGGCUGUGUGAAGCCCACUUUUCAGGUUCCAAAAGAGAAAAUAGUACAGGUUCUGUGACUAAACCAGUUGACAAAAGUCGACCGUUGACUGUUAAAGUUAUACAGGGUUGUCUUGAAGAGUGCAUUGCUGAUGUCUAUGUUUGCACUAUAAGCCCAGAAUGUUGCAUCACGGGUAAAUCAGCUGGUGCUCUUAAUAUUAAAAGCAAGUACCAGCUAGAAAAGGAUUUGCGCGACAAAUACAGAGGACGAAAAUUGAAAAUAAGUGAAGUAGCCGUUGUUAAAGGAAGUGGUGACUUGCGAUGCAAGCAUGUGAUAGCUGGCGCUUUCGAUUUUGUUGCAUAUAGUUAUCAAGAUUAUGGAUAUAAAUCUAAAAAUGAUUUCUACCAAGGUACACUUCAUGAUUUCAUUGUGAACUGCCUUCAAGAAGCAGAACAACUUGGACAUUCCACAGUAGCAUUUCCUGCAAUUGCUGUUGGCUUCGGCUAUCCUGUGAAGAUCAUAGCAGAACAGAUGUUUAAGUCAGUGCAAAUUUUUCCAUCAAAUGGAACCAUCAACACAGUCACGUUUGUGAUCUACAAGUUUGACUACGACAUUUUAGAGGAGUUCAAGAAGGCUGAGAAAACAUUUGGGAAAACUUCUACAACCUGCAAAGACACUGCAUCAGCUCAAUGUGUGAAAAGGAAAACAAGUUCUUUAACAAAUUCCAAAAUGACUGAUUUUAAAACACCUGAAGAUGAGGAUAAAAAUGUUACCCCAACACAAACAACACCUGUAAAACUCGACAAAGAUCAAAUGAAUGCCAGUUAUAUUAACACAGCAAGCAGAUUGGGUUUUAGUUCUUCCGUUUCAUCUUCAACUGCCUCUAUUAGUCAAGGAGCUAGAUCGAAGACAUUUUCAAGACAGUCAUCUUUGAGAUGUCCCAAAACAUUUAAUACACUGCAUGGCAUCAAGGUCACCAUUCAUCAAUGCAAUGUGGUAGAAGCCCCAGCAGAAUGUAUUUGCAUCCCUGCAACUAAAGAUAAAUUGGCUGGUAACGUUGCUUAUGCAGUAAACAUUGCUGCAGACAAGGAUCUAUUUUCAUGUGCAAAGGCAAAAUUAGAAGCUGAAAAAAAGUAUAAAGUUGGAGAGGUUUGUGACACAGAAGCUGGGAAAAUCAGAGGCAAACGAUGCAUUGUGCACACUGUUGUCCCAGAGUGGGAGAUGUACAAACCCUUUUCAGAGAGGGAUGUCUUGAAGUGUGAAUCUGAGUUUUCUAACUGCAUCGUAAAAUCUCUGACACACGUGGAAAAGCUGAAAAUUCAAACCGUAGCAUUUUCACCAAUGACCGUUGGACGAUCGAAAGUUCCCAAUGAUCUUUGUGCAGCAAUGUAUGUCAAGGCGGUAGUUGAUUAUGACAAGUUGUCAUACAGUCCUUUGAAAGAAAUACAGUUUGUUGACAUUGAUGAGAAUAAUUUACAUAUACUCGAAGAUGCUUUUCGUGAUGUUUUGUUAAUGAACAAACAGCAGUCAUCGUGCUACAACAGAGCUGCGUAUAUUAAGAGAGAGGGCUCAAAGACUGAUAGAUCUUAUGCUUCCACAAGCUUGGGACGAAGUGACCAAAUCAAAGCAGAACCCAGAACAAAUUCUGCAGGCAAACAAUUUCCUGACAAAACUCAUGAUCAGUUGGUUGUUUAUCCACAUUGUCGUUUUUCAAAACUGCCAACUAUCUCAGGAUCUAGGGAAGAGUUCACCUGCUCGUUCAAAAAAAGACAGAAACUGUUUGUGUAUACUGAUGAUAUUACAUCUCUUCGAAACAUUGAAAUAAUAGUGUGUAGUGAGAAACCCAAUGGAAAGGGUGAAGGCAAACUAGCAAAGGCUUUGGGUGAAAAGCUCGGUUCAAGUUACAAAAAGUCUAAAGAGACUGAAUUCAAACCCAAUGUGAAACGAGGAGAUGUCAUCGUUUGCAGUUCAAAACAAAUAACAUUAAAACCCAAAUGGAUAGCACAUGCUGUCCUUUAUUUGAAGGAAGAUUGUAAUGGUGAAAAAGAUCGUAAGAAGAAAGUUGAAGCCAUUUUUACAAGCAUUUUUUAUCAGGCCUCAGCGAAAGGUUGCAAAUCUAUUGCCUUGCCUGUACUUGGAUCUGGGAAAGGAAAUGUAGAUCCCGAAUACUACACAGAACGACUUUUUGAGAGUCUUUUUAACUUUUGUGUUAAAACACACAAGGACAUCUUUGUUCAUCUUGUAAAUAUCAACUCUUCCAUAACUGAAAUGGCUAUUACAACUGUGAAGAAAGCGGCUAGUAAAGCCGCUAGCAAAUCACCAAACUUGAAUCUGCCCAAAGCAAGAUCAGAACCAAGAACACCUGAAAGGCCAAAAUAUUCUACCAGGAAAGAUUCAACUAACAAGCAUAAUGGAACAAUUGACAAAGAAAAUAGGGAGAGCAAACAGCCUGACCCAAGCAGCAACAUUCCUGCUGCAACAUCAAGUCAUAGGGCCCGACAACCAAUACAAGAUACCACAGAACAAACAGAGGCAAAAAUACCUCCAAAACCAAACACUUCUCGUACAGGAAAUGUCCAAAUAUAUGAUGCUGAUGAUGAUGAUGAAGAGGGUCCAAGCAAAUCGAAAGAAAGAGACAAGGAUUCAAAUGAAAGAACAAACAAUUCUAAAGAAAGAGACAAUGAUUCAGACAGAGAAUACAGCGAAGAUGAUGAUGAUAAUAGUGAUGUGCAAUUAAGUGACAGUGAUGAUGAAAAUGAUGAGGGAGCUUCUUGUCAAGCAAAAGAUUCAAAGCCAAACAAAACUGAGGAAAUAUGUGUGAUCUGUAUGGAAACUGUUAAAAAUCCGAGGACUUUGCUCUGUGGACAUGUGUUUUGUGAGGAUUGUAUUGAGCAACAGUUUACAUACAAGGAGGCGUGCCCAACAUGCGGGCGAGUUGUUGGGACAAUCGAGGGAGACCAGCCAGAUGGAAAGAUGACAAUUACAAUUGAUGAUUUAACACACUGUGCUGGUUUUGAACAUGUCGGACAAAUUAUUAUAACAUACAGUUUUGAAAAUGGAAAGCAAGGGCCAAGCCAUCCUAACCCAGGUGCCAUAUACAAAGGCAUAACAAGAAAAGCAUUCUUACCAAAAAAUGAACACGGAAAGAGGAUUUGUAAAAUGUUGUGGGUUGCUUUCGAACGAAGACUUGUCUUUACAGUCGGGAGUUCACGAACCACGGGGAAGGAAGGCGUCAUCACUUGGAAUGACAUACACCACAAAACUGACCCCAAGCCAAACUCACAAUUUGGGUAUCCAGAUGAUUCCUAUCUAGACCGUGUGACAGAUGAACUCAAGGCAAAAGGAGUAACGGAGGAUGACAUAGUGGACACUUCUUUUGAGUUACUUCUACGCAGGGGUUGGCGACCCCGACGUUAAUACCAGCGAGCAAGUAGUGGCAUCGCUGUUGAAAUUACAAUUUGGUUCACAAAAACAGAACAAAUAAAAUGUGUACUUCUGUAGGAUAUUAACACACUCCAACCGCAUUAAGUUUGUGUCGUCUCAGCUAACAAUAAGAAAUGACUUGAAGCUCUUUUAUUAAUACAAGUAGCAUAUAGACACUUAAUGUAGACAUGGAAGGCUUUUAGAGAGUGUAUUAUUUUAUGUGGUGCCUGUUUUGUGCAUUAUUUUUGUGUCUCUUUUGAAGUAUGACAGACACAGAAAUUACUACGCCUGACAUUGUCCGUGUUUAAGGCAUCACACUUGUUUACGUUUUGUAUGAACAAAUUUUUAACUGCAUAUACUUCAUGCUAAAUAUGAAUUUGUAUUAUGGUCAGUGAAUGUGCCAUAUUGAAUUUAGGAUCAAAGGGUCCAAGGUCAUGGUGACCUUUACUUGGAAUAUGAUGGAUGCUUUUGUUUCCCAUCAAUAAUUUUUUAACGACUUAUUGCAGUCUUCAACUUUGGGAUACACAUUUGCCAUGGUUACUAGAUGACCUCAAUUGAUUUUGGGGUUAAUAAUUUCAAGGUAAAGGUCAGGGUGAACUCUACUAGAAAAACUAUGGGCUUUUUGAUUUUGAAUAACUUUGUGUAGGCUAUUCAAACUUUGUAUGCACAUAAUCCAUGUUCAGUAAAUGACCUCUUAUAAUUUUGGGGUCAAUAUAUUAUGGUUUUACUAAUAAAAUUAUGGCUUCUUAGCACUUGACAGGCAACACAUCCCUUAAAUAUUCAAGUUAUGUUGUUUACCAGACAUUUAUCAUAAUUAUAUUUCUUCAUGUUUUGUGCAUUUACAUGUUAAUCAAGACUAUCACUUCUUGUUAACAAACUUAUAUGUUUAUGAAUUGAUUUUUGAGUAUUUAUGUAUACAAAUUUUCGCUUUCUGAUUUUUGAAGAAAAAGAUCAAGGUAGUGUCAUAGUCAUGUGCCCCUGGUGGUGGCAUCAUCUUGUGAAAUCUCUUAGCUUGGCCAUAUAUCAAAGAAAGUUCCAUGAUUUUCAUAUCAAACUUGUUGCAAGGGACAUAUUACGUAUAAAUAUGUGUAAUAGGUAUAUUGAUAUUGGUUGUGUGUUUAAAUAUGCCCUUAUUUAUGGGGAAAACACAAACAAAUGUUGGCGUUCUUUCUGCCGUACUCUGUUUUAAUAGGCACAUCGAUCUUGCUCGAAGAGCAUUUAGAUAUGCCCUUAUUUUACUGGAGAAACACAGACCACUGUGGGCGUUGCUCUGCCGCUCGCUAUUAAGCAUAUCAAUCUUGCUUUACAAGUGUUUAUUAAUGCCUGUUAUGUUACUGUUAACCGGAUGGGCCGAUUUGUGUAAGGCUCUAAUUUGUUUAGGUAUUAAGUAUUAGCUUUAGUUUCAAAAUAGCAUUAUUUAUAUGUAAAUUGUAUUUUAGUUAUGUGAGUUUUGGUAGAUCAAAGUUAUUGAAAUCGAUAAUGUUUAGGGUACUUAUAUGUUUCAGUUUUUCAGUGUAAGAUCGCAAUGUAUUUUACUGAGUAACACCAAAAGUUAUAUUUCACGAGUUGCAUGGUGUUCAUGAUGUGAAAUAUAUUGCAAUCUUUCAAUGAAACAAAUAUUUUUUAUUUUAAUUAUAUAAUUAUUAUAUAUAUUUUAAAUGACUGUUGGAACAGUGAAAUAUCAUUUUCAUUUCACUCAGAUAUCUAUAAACCACCAGAAAGCAUCUAAUAAACUACCGGUAUAUGUUUGUAUAUAAAUUUGUAUUUGAGUUUGUUGUUAUUUAUUACUUUUUUAACCUGACAUUCUUUUAACUCUUUUUACCUCUGCAAUGUAAAUAUUUCACUUUUGAGCUUGCAUUUGACACUCUUAAAUCUUCACUCUCACAGAUUGACAAUUUUGACUGUUCAUUUUUUGUCCUAGAAUCAGCUGAUUUUGGCAUCAGUGCCUUCAAUAAAGUCAUAUACGCUCACUUGACACAAUAGAACAUCAAUUUUCGGGCAUAAAUAUUAAAAACUGCAAUCUGAUCUUUUUUCAGCAGUCUUUAAUAUAUCACUCGUUUCCAGACAUUUAUGUAAAAUUUGUCUCAGUUCAAGACAAAAAAUAUAAAAGUUGUUAAAAUGGUCAUCUGUGAGAGUGCAGCUUAAAAAUGCCCCAUUGUAUUAUUCAGUGUAAAAGUCACAGGUUGUAUUCUUCAUCAGGUUUAUCAUAUUAUUUUGUCAUCUUUACAAUGCAAAAUAAAGAAUUUUCUCGGCACCCCAGCAUAUUUAUAAUAACCUAUGUUAUACCCUGGGCAAAUUAGCUAGGGAAACUUCGUAAAUUGAAUUGAAUAUUCAUAUGCAUUUUCCCAUCAAUAUCCUGCUUAAAACAAUUUGUAAGCCAUGAUCUGAUUGGAUUAUUUCAAAUCGAGAUUACAUCCAUAACUUCUCUGCCAUUUUGGCACAGCAUGAGGUGUGUCUCAUGCGACCAAUCAAGCGGCUGGAUUUUAUGCUAUUAAUUAUACAUGAGUAUAAGAUUCUUACAGCUGAUUUGCCUAGGGUAUCAUAUAGGUUAAGAUAUGCUUGGAUGCCGAGGAUGAAUAAAGAGAGGGUGAAAGUGAUCUAGUGUUAAAGGUGUCCGACCGCCUCUCACCCAAGAGGUUGUGGGUUCAAUCCUUAUAAAGGUUACUUUUGUUUGGCUUCUCAUAAUGGACACUAGAACUUAGGUUUCUAUCUAUGAAAUGGACACGAAAGUAAUUCUUUAAGCUACGGUAUAAGUUUUCGUCACCAACAAACUUAAAGAAAUUUGUUUAAACUAAACUUAACAAUUAUUCAUUAUUAUAGUUAUUAAAAGCAGAUAUGAUUACACCCGACAGAUAUACUAAAGUAUAUGUAAAGGUUAUUAUAAUAUACCGGUAUACAUUGAGUCAUGAUUGUUCUUUUGUAUUCACAUUCUUUUUAUAACUGACAAUACAGAAAACUUUGGGCAUAACAAUUACUGUUUGAAUUGUUAAAACUAGUUCCUUAGUCAUUAAAGCUCUCACAGAUUGAACGUUUUGACAACUUUUUUGUUUUUUGUCUUGGAAUUAGCCAAUUUUUGCGAAAAUUCAUGGAAGCUAGCUAUAUAAGACUGCUGAUAAAAAAUUAGAUCUCAGAUUUUUAUAUUUAAGUCCAAAAAUUGAUGUUUUAUGCAUUUUUCUUAAACCGUUAGUACCUGUUAGUUACCCAUGGCAAGAAUGUUGGACUUAAACACACCAAUAGUUAGUUUUAAGAGUUGGAAUUCUAUGCUGUUUAGUUUAUGAUUUUGCUUCUGUUGUUUUUUAAAUCUGAAAAUGGACCAUUAUUUAUAUUUAGACAAUAUCUUUAGUCAACAUUUCCUGCCUAAACUUACCAAAACUUAAUUAAGAAAAAAUAUAAUUGUUCUAGCUGCAGUUUGAUUAAAAUCUGCAUAUUUUCCACCGAAUCCGCAUGAAAAUUUGUCAGAUUGUUACCCCACAGGAUAUACAUUUUUAAUAAGAUCGUCUCUGUUUUUUGCUUUAUGUGUUUUUUUUUUAUUACCAUGACUAAGUAGCCUCUUAGUAAUGACAUGAUUACCGAUGUAACAUCAUCACAUUGUCAUUUUUAUUGACCGACUCGUUCCCACAACUUGGUAUGUAGUGGCCAAGACAUAUUCAGUCGUUACUACGAUAUAUGCGGGAAAUGUGACUAAGUCGCUGCCACUAGAUAAAAAAAAUAGCACACAUGUCACCUGUAUACCAACAUAGUCAAGCGCAUUUGUUUUUAAGUAUAGACAUUAGAGAAUAUUUCAGAGUGUUAGGUAUUAUGUACACUUAUGUAUGAGGACUUUGAUUGGAAUCAUCACUUAUUUUUAGUCUCCUUUUUAUCCAGAUAAAUGUUUUAAAGAUGUGUGAACCAUGUUUGAAAAGUAGAAAGUCAUCUUUUAAUCAGUUAAUCAGUCUGUGUUAUAACUUUAUGAGAUAUUUGGUUUGUUACUAUGAACAUAUAUAUACCUAUGCACGAAUAAAUCUAUUUUUAAAUGA